AUGGCUCCCCGCGCGGGACAGCCGGAGCCAAGGGGGCCGCUGCUCCCGGGGCUGCUGCUCUUGACUGCGGCGCUAAGCCAGCCCGCCGCGCCCUGUCCCUUCCAGUGCUACUGCUUCGGCAGCCCCAAGCUGCUGUUGCGCUGCGCGUCGGGCGCAGAGCUCCGGCAGCCGCCGCGGGACGUGCCGACCGACGCGCGCAACCUCACCAUCGUGGGCGCCAACCUGACUGUGCUGCGCGCGGCAGCCUUCGCUGGCGGGGACGCGGAUGGCGAGGAGGCGGGGGCCGGUGGUGGCGUGCGCCUGCCGUUCCUGACCGCGCUGCGCCUCACGCACAACAACAUCGAGGUGGUGGAGGACGGCGCCUUCGACGGGCUGCCCAGUCUAGCGGCGCUCGACCUAAGCCACAACCCGCUGCGCGCCCUGGGCGCCGGCGCUUUCCGUGGGCUCCCGGCGCUGCGCUCGCUGCAGCUCAACCAUGCGCUGGCACGGGGCGGCCCCGCGUUACUGGCCGCGCUAAACGCAGCGCUCGCCCCACUUGACGAGCUGCGCCUUCUGGGCCUGGCGGGCAACGCGCUGAGCCGCCUGCCGUCCGCUGCGCUGCUCCGGCCGCGCCUCGAGCACCUGUUCGUGGCCUUUGGUCUUAUGGAACUAUCAGAAGGUCCCGAGGGGCCCCAGCCUUGCCUCCUUUGCAGAUCCAGCCAUUCACUCAGCCUCUACUGA